AUCCUCCUCAUUCUCCGACUCUGCCAUUGACGGCGCUGAGACAGUCUAAAACGUGCUGUCGACACCCUCAGUGCUAUGGAGCGAAGUCCUUCUGAACAAGAGCGAGAGAUUAGGAAUCUUAUUCACCGAGCAGAACGCGUGCCAGUACAGACGAGCGCUCUGAGAAAAGAUGCUUUGAAGAAAUUGAUUGAGCUUUCAAGGUCCCCUCACCAAUCUCUGAAGAAACUUGCUGCCUCAAAUAUCACGAAGUUCUUCAAACCUUUUCCCGAUCUUGAGGAGGAUGCAAUCAACGCGAUUUACGACCUGUGCGAGGAUCAAGAUUCUAAGGUUCGAAUAGAUGGCUAUAAAGCCAUCGUACAGAUGUCGAAGGAACAACCGAAGUGGGUAAAACGGAAUGCUGAUGUGCUGGCCCAACUUCUUCAGAGUGAUGAACCGGAUGAAGUCACCGUCGUCAAAAAGGCCCUGGCGGAACACUUGGACAUGGACUCUAAGAUCACGUUGGGCGUUCUGUGCGAUCAGAUAGUGCCGAUUGAAGAGCCCGUGGAUCCAGAGGACAAAGCAACGCGAGAUAGGCUCCGAACACUUGUCCUUGCUUUCAUUGCUGGAGAAGCGAAACGUGCUAUCGUCGAGCGACAUGCCAGUCAAGCUGGCAGCGAGCAGGAACAAUUGAUCAUCACCGGGUUAUUCAAGACACUCUCCGACCCAGGCUCCGCCUCUGAUGCUCCAAGAAUCGUGACCGAUAUUCUUCUCCACUUACCCUCCUUCAAAGGCCGUUAUGUUCUGCGUGGCGCCGAGCUUCUACAGAUUCUGCUUGACCAGGCAGAGUACUCGUUGAAGGAAGACAUGACCUCUGGGAACAAAACCGUGGACCUGGCUUUGACUCGUUCCUUCCUGGACUUGGCAGCUGUGAUUUCCGUUGAGAACAGUGUAGCUAAUCCUAUGCCGCUUCUUCGCUACUACUGUUCGUCUCUUCUUGUCAAGGACGUCCUUCAACGUCUUGCCCCCGUCGCGCAGUCAUUUGUGGCCGUUCAUCUGGCAGAAGCCCUGGCAGCUUGCAGUCGAUUUCUCCAGCCCGGUUCUGCUGAGACAGAAUUACUAUCUUCGCUGCGCACGCAAGUCGUCGACGGCUUGUCGCUGCUUCUAUCUUAUAUCUCACAGACCAAGCCGACUGAUCCUCGUGAAUGGCGAGCAUGCGAGACACUCGUUCUUGCUGUUCAACAGCGCCAGCGCAAUACUUCAUGGGUUCCCCCACCAGACCUGAUUCGGACCUUGGACGGUGUGAAUAGCGUUGCUCAACAAAUGCAGCAGAAGCCAGCUUUGCGAGUCGCAGAGCUCAUCAAGCCUCUUCUUCCGCCUCGUGCUCCUACCCCUCCAGCACCAGCACCACGGGUGGCGCCUCCGGUUACUAAUGACCCUCCUAAAGCCAUAGCGUCCAACAGACCGUCUUCAGUCCCCAGCAAACGCAAGGCAGGGAAUUCGCCGCCAUCAACGGUUCCUCCGUCUUCGUCAGCUCCUAUGCCAAUUCGCCCUGAAGUAGCACAAUCCAUCUCAAUCCGCGGUGCACAUCAACGACAGAGCCCAGGUGCUCUUCGGCCAGGUUUAGCAGAUCGACAACGGUCCCGAUCGCUCACAUCCCUGAGUACAGUAACAACAGCAGCAGGCUCGUCAGAGCAGCCGUCCAAGCGUCCGAGAAGAGAUGAAGGCGGUGACGUGUCAAGAGGAUCUUCAAGUUUAUUGAAUCGCUUGAUCCCGAAGACAGCAGGAAACGGUUCGGGCCCUUCAUCUUUGCCUUCAAAGCCUAUCACAAGCAACAGGGCACGGAGGGAUGUGCGACCGCCUGAGAAAGCACCGAGUCCUGCGCUUGGAUUGUCCAUCAAGGGGGCUGCAAGGGCCGCGGAGACACCACCCGCUUUACCGCAUAGACCGUCGUCAUUACUGGAUAGGAUCAAAGAGCGGGAUUUGGGAGAGAGAAUGGAUGAGAGCCAUUAUGGACCAGGGGCGAGCAAGAAGAGCAAGCGGAGAGGGAGGCCAUAGCAUACCAAUACAUCACUGCGAUCCUUUUCAUGUUUUCUUAUCUCACGGUCAGCGGCCAUGGUAGGAUCUUUCCCACUUGGGCGUGGCCAACAGGCA